GGAGGCGGCGCUGUGCAUGCUGGGCUCAGAUCAUGGUGGGGCUUGGCAAUAGGAAGCCAGGCAGGAAGGACUCGAACUAGCGUGCGGCGGCGAGCGAGCUAGCGCUUAGACAGAAGACUUGCGGAUCGUGCGAGCCGAUCGCCUGGCUAGAUCGGAGCUGGAGUGAAAGGGGAAGCAAAGUCCCGUAGGCAGAGGCGGGACGGGGCUGCGAGGGAGGCGGAACCGGGGGAGGGGGUCAUUUGGAACCGCGCUGUACGCCCCCCUCUCCCCCGUUUUCGCCUCCCCCUUUUGCCGAUCUGACUGAAGGAGAAGAGAGAGGGGGGGGAAAGGAGAGGGGCAGGGAAUCCCCGCUUCUUGCAAAGGGAGGCGCCGGUUUGGUUGUCGGUACUGGUGCGUGAAGCAAAGCCGAGACAAGAGGAGCGUAUUUCGGCGCCGCCAACCCCUCUAGGAACAGCCGCCGCCGCCGCCGCCUCCCCAUUGCCGGGAGAUGGUGGCAUAUGAAGCGCGCUGGAAGGACCAUGGUUGAAAGGAACAGCAAGUUCCUGCUGAUCGUGGCGGGAUCGGUGUGUUUCAUGCUCAUCCUGUACCAAUAUGUAGGGCCGGGGCUGAGUCUGGGCUCGCCGAGCGGCCGCUCGUACCAGGAUGAGCUGGACCUCUUCCCCACUCCGGACCCGCACUACGUCAAGAAGUACUACUUCCCCGUGCGGGAGUUGGAGCGCCAGCUGGCCUUCGACAUGAAGGGGGACGACGUGAUCGUCUUCCUGCACAUCCAGAAGACUGGCGGCACCACCUUCGGCCGCCACCUGGUGCAAAAUGUGCGUCUCGAGGUCCCCUGCGACUGCCGACCCGGGCAGAAGAAAUGCACCUGCUACCGGCCCAACCGCCGAGAGACCUGGCUCUUCUCGCGCUUCUCCACGGGCUGGAGCUGCGGGCUGCACGCCGACUGGACCGAACUCACCAACUGCGUGCCCGGCGUCUUGGACAAGCGAGAGAGCGCCGCGGUCAAACCUCCCAGGAAGUUUUAUUACAUCACUCUGCUAAGGGAUCCUGUGUCCCGUUAUCUCAGUGAAUGGAGGCAUGUCCAACGAGGAGCUACCUGGAAAACAUCCUUGCAUAUGUGUGAUGGCCGGACACCAACCCCUGAAGAGCUGCCAUCAUGCUAUGAAGGCACAGACUGGUCAGGCUGUACUCUUCAGGAGUUCAUGGAUUGCCCAUAUAACUUAGCUAACAAUCGCCAAGUGAGGAUGUUGGCUGAUCUAAGCUUGGUAGGCUGCUAUAAUAUGUCCUUCAUACCAGAAAACAAGCGAGCACAGAUACUGCUGGAAAGUGCCAAGAAAAAUCUCAGAGACAUGGCCUUUUUUGGCUUGACAGAAUUCCAGAGAAAAACACAGUAUUUGUUUGAGAGAACUUUCAAUCUAAAAUUUAUCAGGCCAUUCAUGCAGUAUAAUAGCACAAGAGCAGGUGGAGUGGAGGUGGACACCAAGACCAUACGGAGAAUUGAAGAACUUAAUGACUUGGACAUGCAGCUGUACGACUAUGCAAAAGAUCUCUUCCAACAGCGCUAUCAGUACAAGAGGCAGCUGGAGAGGAUGGAGCAGAGGAUAAAGAAUCGGGAAGAAAGGCUUCUUCACCGAUCGAAUGAAGCACUUCCCAGGGAAGAGACCGAAGAACAAGGACGGUUGCCUACCGAGGACUACAUGAGCCAUAUUAUAGAGAAGUGGUAGCAUUGAAAGAAUUUUAUACAAAAAAAUCCAAGAUAUUAGUGUUUCCAUUACAAAAGAACAUGGAAUUUAAAAAAAAACUUAUUUAAAACAAUCUGUAAAACAGAAAGUAGAAUGCUUCUUUAAACAAAGGGUCUUUUUACUGUUUCUUACAAGACCAAUGGGGUUCUUAAUAAAACAAAAUAAAAAUAAUAAAAAAGUGA